AUGGUUAACCAUCACUUAAUUCUUUUUCUUGCAGCUCUAACCACCUUCCACGUGUCAUCAAAUUCAGCACCACCACCACUUUCAACCACCGCAACAGAGUUUCUACAAACACAUAAUGAAGCAAGAGCUUCAGUAGGCGUAGAGCCACUAACAUGGAACGAGCAGCUAGCAAAUAUUACCAGCGAGCUCGUCCUCUAUCAAAGAGACAAAAUGAGUUGCCAGCUUGCCAACUUAACAGCCUUAAAUAACGGUGCCAAUCAGUUUAUGGAACGUCGCACGAAGUAUACGCCACGUAUGGUGGUAGAAAAUUGGGUGACGGAGAAACAGUUUUAUAACCAUAGUGAUAACUCUUGUGUUCCAAAUCAUCAAUGUGAUAGUUAUACUCAAGUUGUUUGGAGAAAGAGUGUUGAACUUGGUUGUGCUCAAGCUAGUUGUAGUAAGCAAGGGCCUAGUUUGAGUAUUUGUUUCUAUAAUCCACCUGGUAAUUAUGUUGGAGAGAGUCCUUAUUAA